CCCCGUCAGCGGCACCCCAGAGAGGAGCCAGGGUCCAGCCGGCCCGCCACAGCCCCAGCCGCUUCAAGGGUGGACCUGGGACCCCCAAGAGGGACCGGAGGGGGUUGGCUCAGUAUGUCGGUCAGUGUCCACGAGACCCGCAAGUCGCGGAGCAGCACGGGGUCCAUGAACAUCACCGUGUUCCACAAGGCGUCGCACCCCGACUGCGUGCUGGCGCACCUCAACACGCUGCGCAAGCACCGCAUGUUCACCGACGUCACGCUCUGGGCCGGCGACCGCGCCUUCCCCUGCCACCGCGCCGUGCUGGCCGCCUCCAGCCGCUACUUCGAGGCCAUGUUCAGCCACGGCCUGCGGGAGAGCCGGGACGACACGGUCAACUUCCAGGACAACCUGCACCCCGAGGUGCUGGAGCUGCUGCUGGACUUCGCCUACUCCUCGCGCAUCGUCAUCAACGAAGAGAACGCGGAGUCGCUGCUGGAGGCGGGGGACAUGCUGCAGUUUCACGACGUGCGGGACGCGGCCGCCGAGUUCCUGGAGAAGAGCCUGUCCCCGUCCAACUGCCUGGGCACGAUGCUGCUGUCCGACGCCCACCAGUGCCGCCGGCUGUUCGAGUUCUCCUGGCGCAUGUGCCUGGCGCACUUCGAGACCGUGCGGCAGAGCGAGGACUUCAACGGCCUGUCCAAGGACAAGCUGCUGGACCUCAUCUCCAGCGACGAGCUGGAGACGGAGGACGAGCGGGUGGUGUUCGAGGCCAUCCUGCAGUGGGUGAAGCAUGACCUGGACGGGCGCAAGGCCCACCUGCCCGAGCUGCUGCGGAGCGUGCGCCUGGCGCUGCUACCGUCCGACUGCCUGAAGGAGGCCAUGUCCAGCGAGGCCCUGCUGCUGGCGGAUGAGCACACCAAGCUCAUCCUCGACGAGGCGCUGCACUGGAAGACCAAGAUCCUGCAGAACGACGGGGUGGUCACCAGCCCCUGCGCCCGGCCGCGCAAGGCGGGCCACACGCUGCUCAUCCUGGGCGGCCAGACCUUCAUGUGCGACAAGAUCUACCAGGUGGACCACAAGGCCAAGGAGAUCAUCCCCAAGGCGGACCUGCCCAGCCCCCGGAAGGAGUUCAGCGCCUCGGCCAUCGGCUGCAAGGUCUACGUGACCGGGGGGCGGGGCUCCGAGAACGGGGUUUCCAAGGACGUGUGGGUGUACGACACGGUCCACGAGGAGUGGUCCAAGGCGGCCCCCAUGCUCAUCGCCCGCUUCGGCCACGGCUCGGCCGAGCUGGAGAACUGUCUCUACGUGGUCGGGGGACACACGUCCCUGGCAGGCGUCUUCCCGGCGUCCCCCUCCGUCUCCCUGAAGCAGGUGGAGAAGUACGACCCCGGGGCCAACAAGUGGACCAUGGUGGCCCCGCUGCGGGACGGCGUCAGCAACGCGGCGGUGGUGAGCGCCAAGCUGAAGCUCUUCGUUUUCGGAGGGACCAGCAUCCACCGGGACAUGGUGUCCAAAGUGCAGUGCUACGACCCGUCGGAGAACCGGUGGACCAUCAAGGCCGAGUGUCCCCAGCCCUGGCGGUACACCGCCGCGGCCGUGCUGGGCAGCCAGAUCUUCAUCAUGGGAGGCGACACGGAGUUCACGGCCGCCUCGGCCUACCGCUUCGACUGCGAGACCAACCAGUGGACGAGGGUCGGGGACAUGACCGCCAAGCGCAUGUCCUGCCACGCCCUGGCCUCGGGCAACAAGCUCUACGUGGUGGGGGGCUACUUCGGGACCCAGAGGUGUAAGACCCUGGACUGCUACGACCCCACGGCGGACACGUGGAGCUGCAUCACCAGCGUGCCCUACUCACUCAUCCCCACGGCCUUCGUCAGCACCUGGAAGCACCUGCCGGCCUGAGAGCACCUGCCUGCAGAGCCAGGCUCUGCUUGUCCCCCGCCGCUCGGCUGCGGCCCUGGCCCUGGCCCUGUGGCCACGCGGGGAAGCUCAGGCAGCCUCGGCCAGCCUCCGAGUGGCCGGAAGCGCCCCGCCCGUCUGGAACAUCGGCCCUGGGAGCUGUGCUAGUUCAGAGAAGAGCCGUCUCCAGCGCCAGUGCGUCUGCCCGAGGCUUUUCCGCUUUGCAGUGGUUUCGGGGAGAGGACCUUCCAGAGGGGUGUGCGCAGGACUCCCUCGGACUCCGGGAAGACACAUUUGCGGGGCUUUGAGGUCACCUGCUUCAGCAAGUCCUGGCCAGGGACUGGGGGCCCAGGCAGGGGAAAGCCCUGGGGGGGGCGGCAGCCCCGACAGCAGCCUCGGACUCACCUCGCUGUCGGGGUUGUCAUGUCGCCCACGAGGACGUCCCAGGGCUGGGGGAACAGGGCCCGGCGGAGCUCAGUUCCCAAGGGGAAAGCAAGGACACGUUUUAUAAAGGGCACAGCCGCCCACAAGGCUUCGUUAUCCGAGGGCCCCGGACUGCCAGCUUCACGAGGAACUCGGACCCCGCCCCAGAGCUGGGCUUGCCCUCGGUGACCCUGUCACCUCUGGGUCAGGCCAGCCAUGCCCCGGUGCACACGUGUGCUCCUGCCCAGUCACAGCAGGGCCCAGGUGACAUAUGCUGCCAGACAAGGGGGUGCCCUCGGGGGCCACCCAUCGCCUCCCCUCGGCAGACUAGACAGCAAGCAGCAGCAAUGACCCCAUCUCCUGAUGGGACCACACUGGUCUUCAGAUUGCGGCCUCCCUCGAAGUGGGGCAGAUAGGAGUGGGGGCCCAGAGGGACUCCAGGGGGCGCACUGCAGACUCCACCUGUGCUGGACGCCUCUCAGUGUGGAGGGGAUCAGCAGCGAGGUCACCACCCCAGACCCCGACCAGCGCCCCUGGCCUCUGCAUCCUGGCCUUCCAGCUGGGAAGUGGGCCUGGCCCAGGUGCCCCCCAAGCUCACAAAGCAAGCCCGGUCCCCAGAGAAUUGCCAGACGACCUUCCAAGUCACUGGGUCCCUCAUCAGUCUGUCCCUAGUAUCUGGGGUGCGGAGAGGUCAGCUCCUCCUAGCGGCCACCCUGAAAGCUAGUGUUAAAGUUGGGGCUCACCUCCUGCUCACCCCUGUGUGCCACUGAAGGGGGAGGGGCUCCUGGUGCUUGGCCCCAGCCUGUGACUCCCGCCGGCUCUGCGCGAGCCGCCUGGCUGGCUCAGCGCCAGGCUCCGAAGUGGGCUCUGCCGUUUAUCAACCUGGGGUGCGUGAUAAGCCAGCUGCUUUCUGUCCUUCAGCGUGGCCCUCACAGGACCUCCAUGCACGACUCUUGGGGACUCAGUUACAUCAGGCUCACCCACGGGUGAGCACCAGCUGCCACUCGGGACCGUUCUGAGAGCAGAAGGCGCAUCUCCAGUCUUCAGACCCCACAACGCCCGGGCCAGACGCCUGCCUGUCUGCUCCAGGGCCCUCCCAGCCUCCCGGUGGCCGUGGGCUCUGGUCCCAGGGGGCGGCUCUGCUGGGAGACUCAGGGAGGCUCCGGCUGGGGGGCCCGGGGUGGGGAAGCAGCUGGGCCCUGGCCUGUCGGGCUGCAGAGCUAAGCACACAUCUCAGGCACCAAGCACCUUGCGGUGGUCACUCCCCCCACGUUAAAUGAAUUGAGAACCUUCUUGCUUUCUCUGGGCUCUGGGGCCUGUCUUGGGGGCACAGUCAUGGGCUGACUUGGAUCUUCACCCUGCCAGGCGGGGUGCAAGGUCUGCCCCUCCUGUGAAUUUGGGGAGACCCCUUCCCGGGACCCAUCAGCACUCAGAUGGCAGGGCUCGCCUUUGGUCGGGUUGUUGGAGCUGCAGCAGCCCUUCGGUGGAUUCUCCUGUAGAGCCCUGACACUGUCCCAGCCUCCUGAGAGUCAUGAGCUCUCCUUGCAAAUGAACUCCGCGCGCCCCCCCCCUCGUCCCGCGUCCGCGCUGGGACCUCUGGCUGCCGCUCACUGGUGGGAAAUAAGCGCAUUGAGGCGCAAUCACUCCCGCAGCGAGCAGGUCCCGCAGCACCGCCCCGCCCCCUCCGUGCCUUCUGUUAGCGACUGGGCCCGAAGGUGUCACCGGGAAGGCAGGUGCAGGCCAACCCUGCCCCCGCCGUGUCUCCCCUUCCCAGGGGGCUGCGCUGUCUCUGGGCCCAGCCGGGGCCCCUGCAGAAGACGUGUCCCGGCAUCCGAGCUCCAGGUGCCCGGUGCAGGCAGCCGGGCCCAGGCUCCCAGGCUCCGGCUCUGCGCACGCGGGUGCCGCUCCUCUCCAAGGCCCCCUUUCUCCUCGGGGACCUGAGAGCUUACCACACUGCCUUCCACAAUGUCCAUUUCCAUGGCCCCGUCCCAACAUCAGCGCGCAACUCAUUUGUGUUAGGAAGACACGUGGGCUAGGAAGAGAGUCUUCCAGAUUUGGGGGCAGGCAGAGGAAGCCCCAUUGGAAGUGCGUUGCCCUAGCUGGCGGCCUGGGAAGCCCAGAGCUGUCCUGCGGCAGAGGGGUGGGUCCCCCUUGGCAGGCAGCUUCCUCCUGCUUCCAUGGCCCCGCUUUUCAUGGAGCCGCCCUGUGGACACGGUCACUGCAACCGGGACCUCGGCUCCGACUUGGAAAGCACGGUCUUCGUUAAGAAACACUUUGGCUUCCUGAUUCGGAGGGGUUUUGAGAGCAUGAUUGCAGCUCCCGGUCUCCCAGCCUCUGCCCACAGCCCCGGGGGCCCCACCC